GCAGGCGCCAUGAUUUAACGUUUGUUGUGGUGCUGAUUGUAGGGUUAUUACUGCGUGAAAAGUAUCGUGAAGAUGAAUGUGAUAGAUCAUGUGCGGGAUAUGGCAGCGGCCGGACUGCACUCUAACGUGCGUCUAUUGAGCAGUCUUCUACUGACCAUGAGCAACAACAACCCGGAAAUGUUUUCUCCUUCACAAAAGUACCAGUUGUUGGUGUACCACGCAGACUCACUGUUCCAUGACAAGGAGUACAGGAAUGCGGUCAGCAAGUAUACCAUGGCUCUCCAGCAGAAAAAGACAUUAACCAAGACAUCAAAAGUGAGGCCUUCAACUGGGAAUUCCGCCGCUGUACCACAAAACCAGUGCCUUCCAUCAGAAAUUGAAGUAAAGUACAAAAUGGCAGAGUGCUACACCAUGCUGAAACAGGAUAAGGAUGCCAUAGCUAUUCUGGAUGGAAUCCCGUCUCGACAGAGAACACCAAAGAUAAACAUGAUGUUGGCAAAUUUGUAUAAGAAAGCAGGACAGGAGCGCUCAGCUGUGACCAGUUACAAGGAAGUCUUAAGGCAGUGCCCCCUAGCUCUUGAUGCUAUUUUAGGUUUGCUCUCCCUUUCUGUAAAAGGAGCAGAAGUUGCAUCUAUGACCCUUAAUGUCAUUCAGAGCAUUCCCAACUUGGACUGGCUUUCUGUCUGGAUUAAAGCAUAUGCUUUUGUAUAUACGGGAGACAAUACCAGAGCUAUUAAUACUAUCUGUUCUCUGGAAAAGAAAUCUUUAUUGCGAGACAAUGUGGAUCUUUUGGGAAGUUUGGCAGAUUUGUACUUCCGAAUUGGUGAUAAUAAAAAUGCCAUCUUAAAAUUUGAGCAGGCUCAGAUGUUGGACCCAUAUCUCAUUAAAGGAAUGGAUAUUUAUGGGUACUUACUGGCAAGGGAAGGACGUCUUGAGGAUGUGGAAAAUCUCGGCUGUCGCUUAUUUAAUAUAUCUGACCAGCAUGCAGAACCCUGGGUUGUCUCUGGCUGUCAUAGUUUCUAUACCAAGAGACACUCCAGAGCCCUUUAUUUGGGGGCCAAAGCUAUCCAGUUAAAUAGCAAUAGUGUCCAAGCCUUGCUUCUAAAAGGGGCAGCGCUGAGAAACAUGGGACGGGUUCAGGAAGCCAUUAUUCAUUUUCGUGAAGCAAUCAGACUGGCACCAUGUCGACUGGACUGCUGUGAAGGUCUCAUUGAAUGCUAUUUGGCAUCUAAUAGUGUUCGGGAAGCUAUGGUGAUGGCCAACAGUGUUUACAAAACCCUAGGAGCCAAUGCGCAGACCCUAACUCUUUUGGCAACCGUGUGUCUGGAAGACCCCGUCACUCAAGAGAAGGCAAAAACACUCUUGGACAAAGCCCUUCUACAAAGACCUGAUUAUAUCAAAGCCGUGGUGAAGAAAGCUGAUCUGCUCAGUCGAGAGCAGAAAUAUGAAGAUGGAAUUGCCUUGCUGCGCAGUACUCUUGCUAACCAAAGUGACUGUGUUUUACAUCGAAUGUUGGGGGACUUCCUUGUAGCUGUGAAUGAGUUUCAAGAAGCCAUGGACCAGUACAGCAUUGCACUCAGUUUGGAUCCCAAUGAUCAGAAGUCCCUGGAAGGUAUGCAGAAAAUGGAAAAAGAAGAGAGCCCCACAGAUGCUACGCAGGAGGAAGACGUGGACGAUAUGGAAGGGAGUGGUGAAGAAGGCGAUUUGGAGGGUAGUGACAGUGAAGCGGCACAAUGGGCAGAUCAGGAGCAGUGGUUUGGAAUGCAAUGAUAAUUAUUGAUUUGAAAAAAAAUAACGAUCUUGAGAACCUUACUAAAUUCUUCGAAUUAGUGUAAAUAGACAGUGUGUUGAGAAUAGUCAUGUUAUCAAGGGAAGAUGAGACAUUUGCUUUCCGAAGUCAUUUCUCAUCCUGCAUUGCAUAGAUCUGCACAGCGAUAAGUUGUUAUUAUUUCACAGAGAUCCUGCGGUAAUCAUUGAUGUACUUCAAAGUAGCUCUCUCUUCUUAGCAAACCAUUGCAAGGGAAGACAAGUAUGUUUUUUACCAUCCCUAAAGCAAUGCAUAUAAACAACAAUAUAUAAACUAACAAAUGUGCUACUGGAGACCACUAACAAGCCUGUUCAUUUAAUACAAAGACCUUAAAACCAUUUCAGUUGAGAAAAUGAACUGAAGACCUCUGCAUAACACAGGUCAUUGUAUUUAUUUUUUAUGCAAUAAGGAAUAGAAAGGUCAAAAUUGAAAUGUACACAGGUGCAAUAUAAUUGGACAUAGAAGAAGCAUUUUUGCUAAUUGAAGUAUAUUGCAAAAAUGCUUCUAAGUUAUGACUGUUUUUCUGCAGCAUACGCACAUAUCCUGUCAGGGCCCUUGCACCAGUAUUUAUACACAACACCUUCCUAGUGAGUCAGCAGUGGUUUGUAUGACAUAAAUUUUGUCUUUGCAGAAACAAUACUCGCCACUCACUGUCAGAUCUCUGAGAAGGUGUGGUGUUUGAAUACGGGUGCACGGCCCUCACAGGAUAUGUGCAUAUGCCGCAGAGAGACAGUAAUGACUUUUGCUAGAAACAUGUUUGCUAAUGGAAGUAUAUUACAAAAAUGCUUCUAUUUCAAAUUGAAAUUCCACCAUGCACAUUUCAAUUUGACCUUUCUAUCCCUUUAACAGUGUUCUCCACAAAAACAUUUGCCAGCCGGGUGGGGGCAGUGCAAUAUUAAAUUAGAACAUUUUCUACUAGUUAUAAAUGCCCAAAGCACAAAACAAUUACAUAAUGUAACACAUUGAUUUAAUGAUAAUUUGUGCAACAAACGUUGGAAAAUGUAAUAUUUAAUUUUAGCUUAAUAUUAGCUUAAAUUUUAACUAGGUGGUCAGUAAAAACAGCCAUGUGGUGUGCCCAUUAAAAAGAUACUGGAGAGAACACUGUAAAUGGUAGUCUUGUUCCACAUUUCUUUAACUGGCCUUAAAAAUGUUGUUAUAUUUGCUAAGUAGUAUGUAACUCUAAAAAAGGUUUAUUGUCCUCGCGGUAAUUUACAGAAUUUGUAGGCUUGAUACCUUAUAAUUAUGAACCAUAAAUAAAAAUCUGUACACAGUCAAAUAUUCCAAGGACUGCACAUCUUCUAAUUGUAAGUCGCAAAUUUGUUUACAGUUGUAUAAAACAAAAAAGUCAUGUCUGUAUUUAAAGGAACUUUCCGGUUAAAAUUUAAAUGCACUUAGAUGCAUUACUUUUUUGAAUAGAAACAUAUUUGCAAUAUAUAUUAAUUGGCAUAAAUGCUUCUAGUAAAACUUAUCACUGUUUUAGUGUUAACAUUUUUCUUUGCAUGUGAAGCAUUGGUAGAUAUUCUCAGUGCACCAGCAUUUUAAAUGCUGCUGCUGCGCCUAGCACCAGUGGGGCUUGUAUAAUAUCGGCAAUUAACAAACGGAGCCAUUAUCAGAUGGAACUAGCAUCUUAGGCUCUCUGAGUAAGUGCUGAAUUUAAAAUUCUGGUGCACGGUGCAUACUAAAAUACAGUUUUGAAGCUGAUAUAGCUUUUAUUAGAAGCAUUUUUUGCUAAUACAGGUAUAUUACAAAGAUCUUUCUAUUUAAUACUGAAAUGCAUCCAUGUGGAUUGCAGUUUUGGCUGGAAUGUCCCUUUAAUAUACAAAUAUACCAUAGAUCAGUGUUUCUCAACUCCAUUCCUCAGGACCCUUAACAGGCCUGAUAUUCAUUAUAGCUUAACUAGAGCACAGGUGAAAUAAUCAGCUGAUCAGUAACCAUGGUUACUACCCUGCUUUCACCCAUCAGAUGAUUAUUUCACCUGUGCUCUAGUUGAGAUAUAAUGAAUAUCUGGCUUGUAAAAGGUCCUGAGGCCUGGAGUUAAGAAACACUGCUUUGGAUGACUUGCACAUGCUGAUUAUUUUUAUUAUUGGUUUUUAUUUUGUUUAAAAUUUUGUAAAAAUGCCAGAGGGGAACAUUAUUAUACAAAUUCAUUUUUUAUUGAUAUUGUAAAUGUAACUUUUUUCUUUGUGGUAUCGUUGUUUGUGUAUUUUCUUGUAUUUUAAAAACUAGGGCUUGCUUUUGUUUUGUUUUCAACUAUAUUAAACAUUAGUAAUUAUUUUGUGUAGAAUCCAUGGCUCUGGCAGCAUUGUCCGUUAAUAUAAUUGUGAGACUGUAUACAAUGUAUAUAAAUUUAUUGCUGUAAAUUGUACAUAUACCUGGCACUUUCGUAUUAAAUAAAAGAAAUGGCAACUGUUUAAAAA